UGGCUUGUGACAAGCCGGAAGUGAAGCAUUCACUGGCGAAUAACAAAACAUUCGAGACUACCUUCCAGUUCUUCUAUUAGGACUAACAAACCAACAACCUGGGGUCCUGGGGUGGCUUCGUAAGUUCGUUUGUAUUACCCGACAGUUGUACCCAGGUUUUAGCAAGAUGCUGAAUGCCGCCGCCGCGGAGAGGAACAAGGAGCCAAUCCUGAUGGUACUGCGGGGAUGCGUGAACACCGACAGGCGGCUGCAAGCGCUCGAGAUCUCCUCCGGUACAGGACAACAUGUCAUACAUUUCGCUGGAGCUCUACGGAACAUUACUUGGCAGCCAUCAGAGUACGAUCAGCGGUCUUUAGUCAGUAUAGAAGCCUACAGAUCUCACUACCAACUGAACAAUGUGAAGCCCGCCAUCCACCUGGAUGCUUCUCAGAGUCAUGAUCACUGGGGAGGGAUCCAACCAGAAAGCCUCGAUCUGGUCCUCAACAUCAACAUGAUCCACAUCUCUCCCAUGGCUUGUACAGAGGGUUUAUUUAAAGGGGCUGGAGUGGUGUUGAAGCCACAAGGUCUACUGUUGACAUAUGGGCCCUAUGCAGUGAACGGUGGCAUCACACCACAAAGCAAUGUUGAUUUUGACUUAAGCUUACGACAGAGGAACCCAGAGUGGGGCCUCAGGGAUAUCUCCCUCCUCAAAUCACUUGCAGAAAUACAUGGUUUGUUCCUGGAAAAAAUUGUUGACAUGCCAGCCAACAACAAAUGUCUGCUGUUCAGGAAGGAGAGUUUGGUGUGAAGUGUCUUGUCCUCCUUUUGCUGAGCGGAUCACAGCAGGAUGAAUAAAAGCGCCUUAAAUUAACUCAAAGCUCAGACACGUUGCCAAAAUACUCCAAUAAUUUAGACAUGACAAUAAAGAAACAGCCAGAAUGAUUGUAUCAUAUAUCUGUAGUACACUUGCUAUAUUCCUGAUUGCACUCAUGAGUAAAAGUAACUCGUGGCUUAUCCUGA